AUGACUGCCACAAUAAUAAAAGAGCACUUAUAUUUCCACGGGAUAGACAAAAGUUAUAAAAUAUGGUAUUGGCAUGGUGAAGAGCUUCAUGUUACUCCGGACCCUCCUAUGAUGAAUGAAGAUCAGAAUUAUAUUCAAUUGGAUCGUGAGGAUAAUUUAGAUGAAAUGAUUGACGAUGCAUAUUAUCAAUCAGAAGUAGAUCCCGUUAAGUUUGAAAAUCUUCUUAAUGACGCUGAAAAGCCGAUUUACUCUGGUUGCACUAAAUUUUCAAAGUUGUUAGCCCUUCUUAGAUUGUACAAUAUAAAAGCCAAAAAUGGAUGGAGUGAUAAGAGUUUCACGGAAUUGUUAGUUUUUUUGAAAGAUUUACUGCCUGAAGAAAAUGAGAUGCCCGUAUCAUUUUACGAGGCUAAGAAAACUACGUGCUCAAUAGGCUUGCAAUAUGAAAAAAUACAUGCUUGUCCUAAUGAUUGCGUAUUAUAUCGGAAUAGCCUUGUAGAUGCGAAUUCGUGUCCUACUUGUGGUGUGUCCAGAUGGAAAAAGAAAAGGAAUUUAGAGGAAGUUAAGGAAGGAGUACCAGCAAAAGUUUUGUGUUAUAUUCCUCCAAUUCCUCGUUUGAUUCGAUUUUAUCGAAAUGUUGAUCAUGCUAAGAAUUUGACUUGGCAUGCAAAUGAGAGAAUAAAGGACGGUAGACUUAGACAUCCUACUGACUCACCAGCGUGGAAGACAGUAGAUUUUGAAUGGCCUUCAUUUGCCAAUGAACCUAGAAAUAUUCGUCUAGGUCUUUCUACGGAUGGAAUUAAUCCUCAUACUUCUCUCAGUAGUAAGUAUAGUUGUUGGCCUGUUAUGCUAGUCAUAUAUAAUUUACCGCCAUGGCUUUGUAUGAAAAGGAAGUUUACCUUACUGACCUUGCUGAUAUCUGGACCUAAACAACCUGGUAACGAUAUUGACGUCUACUUAGCUCCCCUAAUUGAUGACUUGAAAACUUUAUGGAAUGAAGGAGUUAGGGCUUAUGAUGCAUACCGAAAAGAAGAAUUUACCCUUCGAGCGGUGUUGUUAUGGACAAUCAACGACUUCCCCGCUUAUCGAAAUUUAUCUGGUUACAGUUUAAAAGGAUACAAAGCUUGUCCUAUUUGUGAGGAGAAGACUUUCUCUCAAUAUUUGAAACAUUCUCGCAAGUUUAAGGUAGGAAAACCUAUUAUUUGUCCAAUUAAGAAGAAGAAGGGUCGUGGAAAGAGUGUUGGCAAGGAUAAGACUGAAGUUAGUUUGACUAGUGCGGAUGAGUCUACAAGUCCUUGGAAGAAAAAAUCAAUUUUCUUUGAGCUUGAAUAUUGGGAAAAGUUACUUUUGCAACAUAAUUUAGAUGUCAUGCACAUUGAGAAAAAUGUGUGUGAUAGUCUAAUAGGAACUUUGUUAAAUAUUCCAAGUAAAAGUAAGGACGGUAUUAAAGCUCGGAAAGACUUGGCUGCAUUGGGCUUGCGAAAAAACCUACAUCCAAAAGCUGGCUCUAAUAGAACAUUUUUACCAGCAGCUUGUUACACACUCACUAAGGAUGAGAAAAAAGAACUUUGCAAUUGUCUAUACAAUAUUAAAGUUCCAGAAGGGUAUUCUUCAAACAUAAGAACGUUGGUGGAUAUGCAGAAUUUGAAUUUAGUCGGCAUGAGAUCUCAUGAUUGUCAUGUCCUAUUCCAACACAUUCUACCUGUGGCUAUUCGUGAAGAAGCCAUUGAAUUUUGUUCAGAAUACUUGCAUGGUGUGACAAGCGUGGGCGAUCAAUCUAUAUUAAAUAAAAGUAAUGGUGGUUAUGGUGGAAAAGGUGGUGUUAUAUGCUCAAUAACUCAAGAUGAAAGACAUGAAGCACACUGUCUUGUAUUGCAAAACAUUGAUGAGAUUCAACCUUACAUCGAGAAUCAUUUUGUUUGGCUUAGGAAAAAAUAUCCAUCUAAGUCAAAGAACCAAAAAUGGAUCCAAGAUGAACACUAUCGUACGUUUAGUACUUGGUUAGAGAACAAGGUUGCAAUUGAAGUGACCCACACGUUGUGUCAUGUAUCAGACAUAGUUAAGUGGAUUUCUCGUGGUCCUUCUCUGAAUGUGUUUAAGUACCCAUCAUACAUCGUCAACGGUACUCAAUUCAAUACUUUGGAACAAGAUAAUGUAAGAACCACACAGAAUAGUGGAGUUUGUAUUGUAGCAAAAACUGUGCAAAUCUCUAGUUCAAAGGACAAAAAUCCUGUAGAGUGUGAUAUGACAUUUUAUGGAGUAAUCCAAGAAAUUUGGGAAUUAGAUUAUACUACAACUAGAGUGCCGGUCUUCUUAUGUGAUUGGGUGAAAAGUGACAAGGGAGUAAAGGUUGAUGAUUUAGACAAGAAAUGGUCAGUCGUGGUUCCUACUCAACCGAUAGAUUGGAGAGACAAAGAGAAUGAUGUACAUGACUUACCACUCCUUCAACACCCUGUCACAAUUCCCGAACCACAGCUUACCGAAUACCCUAUUGAUGAUGGUGUAGAUGACGAUGAUAUUUGUUUGCAUUUUGAUGGUGACGAUAUUUCCAUGGCUGAUCCAAGAGGUUUUGAUAAUGAUUGUCCACUUCCUGGACUUGAUGAUGAUUGUCCACUUCCUGGACUUGAAAAUAAUGUUGGUCAGGAGGAGAAUGAUGACACUGCUAUAGUACAUGUCAGAUCUGUUAGGGGACUAUGUACCAUGCCCGACAUAGCCAAGAUGCGAAGUGAAGGUGUUAAGGUACUGAUCAAGUUCAAUGAAUAUGGACAAGUGAUUGGUACAAUGAGAUCAAAAUUGGGAUCAAUGAUCGGAUCAACUAUCAAGAGGCUACAUUUGACAUAG